AUGUCUGAAAUCCCUGUCAUACAAGUGCUCGAGAAGGAGCGAUACUUCACCCAGCACUUAGUCUCGCUACCUGAUGCAAUCCCCUAUGGACCACUGGGCCCGUCUUCCGUCCGAUUGCGGACGAAGGUGAUGUCCCUCACCUCCAACAAUAUGACCUACGCAAAAGCUGGGUUCCUAAUGAAAUGGUGGAACAUCCAUCCCCUCCCACCCUCGACGCCGGCACCUUUCAACGACGCCACCAAGUACGGCCGCAUCAACUGCUGGGGCUAUGCCGAAGUGCUCGAGUCCACACAUCCUUCGGUCGAGAAAGGCAGCUACCUCUGGGGAUACUGGCCGAUCGGAACACUCGCGCAGGACCUUGUGCUGGAGAAGGGGACGGUCCCGGGCCAGGUCUUCGUCAAGAAUGAGUAUCGGCAGGACAUCUUUUCCAUGUACAACCGUUACUUCAUCUCCCCCCCUGAUCUUGGUAAAAGUAUCGAGGCCCGGGCGGAGAGCAUCGCGUACGACGCCAUCUUUCGCGUGAUGUACGAGACGUCGUACUUGGUAAAUCGCUUCGUGUUCGCGCCUGACCCCAAAGAGACCAUCAUCCCUGGGUCGGGCAGCGCGGCCUGGGACCCGAGCAAGGCGGAUAUCAAGGGAGCGACGAUAAUAUGUCUUGCCCCAGGCGCCAAAGUUGCCCUGUCCUUCGCGCGGGAGUUGAGACAUGGGCAGAAGAAACCGGUGGCAAAGGUUAUUGGUGCGGCCAGCCAGUAUUCCAUCGAGUUCGUUAGGGGUACUGGAGAGUACGACGAAGUCAUAUCAACGGGCGAGGAGCCCUCCGACGUCCUGGCCAGAAUCCCUGACAGUGGCAAAGUCGUCUUGGUUGACUUUGGCGGCCGCGGCGGCGUCGCCCAGAAAUGGGCUGUGGCUAUCUCUGAGGCUAGGAAGGACUUCCUGCUGCUGAACUGUGGCAGAGAGAUCUCUGAAGAAUCGUCAGCCAACGUCCUGGGUAGCUUCCAGAAGGCGCAGUCCGCUCCUCCGACAUACGAGUCUGCUCAGAUCAAUGCUAGCGACAUUCGGGACCUUGCUAUCGCGAAAUAUGGAGAGGAGCUUUACUUCAAAGAUUUUGAGGAGGCUUGGGAGGCGUUCAAGAAGAACCCGAUAAAGGGCUUGAAGAUUGCUUGGGGAAACGGCAUGGAGGAUGUGCUGAAGGGGUGGAAAUCACUCUCUGCUGGAACGGUUAAGCCCAAUGAGGGCCUUGCUUAUGUGAUAUAA